CAUUACCUGGAUUCCCUCUUUGGGAAUAAAGUGGAACAGCUAGAGCUAGGUCCUGGAGCCAUGUUAUUUUGGCUGCCUGGUUUUUUAAUGUGUCUCAUGAGCAGUUAUUAAUACCUCUAUUCUGCUGACCUCUCCCUCAGAGAGGAAGCUAGGACCGGGCUUCCCUUCUCUUUGUGUCUAAGAGGCACUGGACCUUGGGCAAAUAUAGAAAGGGGACAGGAGACACGAAGGACCAAACCUACUCUGGCUUCCUCAGCCUAAGCGCCAUAGGCCAAGGCAUACCAGGGAGAGCCCUCUCUAUGGAAGAUCCAAUUCUGGGUGUACCAGCUACAACUUCAGAGUUCCUCUCUGUGCAAGCUGAGAACACAGAAGUGAGAGACUGGAACUGAGCUGGCAGCGGACCUAGGGCUACGGGAGUGGAAGUAGUUAUACCAUGGCAUCCACUGCUAGAAAAACAUACACUUGGCCCAGAAACUAUCUCACAAGAAGACUACAAACAUCUAGUGAUGUGAUACAGCGCAUACAAGAAGCUUGGCAGAGAGACAUAAUGCGAGAAUUUUUGGCUGAAUUCAUGAGUACAUAUGUCAUGAUGGUGUUUGGUUUAGGGUCCGUGGCCCAGAAGGUUUUGGGGGGAAAUAAUUAUGGGACAUACCUCACCAUCAACUUGGGAUUUGGCUUUGGUGUUACUAUGGGAAUCCACGUGGCUGGGAGCAUCUCUGGUGCCCACAUGAACAGUGCUAUUACCUUUACAAGCUGUGUCCUGGGUCAGACACCCUGGAAGAAGCUUCCUGUCUACACAAUGGGACAGUGCUUUGGAUCCUUCUUAGCAGCAGCUACCAUAUAUGGCCUCUACUAUGGGGCACUCAUGCAGUACACAAAUGGGAAUCUCACAGUAACUGGACCCCGGGCAACUGCAGGUAUCUUUGCUACUUACCCUGCCCCUCACAUGUCACUGUGGAGGGGAUUCAUAGAUGAGUUAGUCUUAACUGCAAUACUCCAGCUAUGCCUGUUGGUCAUCACUGACAAAAAGAACAGCCCAGCUCUGAAAGGGACCCACGCUUUGGUCAUAGGUGUCGCCAUAAUCACAAUAGGACUGUCACUGGGCAUGAACACAGGUUACGCCAUCAACCCGGCCAGGGACCUGCCCCCAAGGAUCUUCACGAGCAUUGCAGGCUGGGGCAAUGAAGUCUUCAGAGCACGCGACAACUGGUGGUGGGUCCCUGUGGUUGCCCCAACAUUAGGAGCUUUCGUGGGAGCCAUUGUCUACCUAGUCUUUAUUGGAAAUGUCAAUCGCCUUCAGAACCAAAAUGUAAGGAUACAGGACCAACCAGAACAAGCCUACUCUCUGAAUGACAAUCCCCGCAGUACUUGAAGGAUGGUCCAAACCUGGACAUGGGACAUCUUCCUGUUUCCCAAGUACCAGACAAUACAGUAAAUCACAAUGUUAAUAAAUAUCAACUGUCUAAAACAGCAGCACUCCUAACAACA